AUGGAUACUUCUCAGAGAAUCAAGUUAUUCAUCUGGAAAUGCUUGCAAGAUGCACUGCCUACUAGACAGAAAUUAAGAUCAGUGGACAACAAAUGUGUGUUUUGUAAUGAUGCUGUGGAAUCUACAUAUCACCUGUUCUUUCACUGCGAUUAUGCAAAGGCUGUGUGGAAUCUGCCGCCAAUGGCCUUACAGGGAGCACCUGUCAAUAUUUCUUUCUUGCACAGAUACAAUAACUGGAUAGCAGGAGAUCUGAAUUCUAUAUCAAUGGUACUCGCAACAACCAAGUGCUUGUUUAUUUGGAAGGAAAUGUGUCUUAAAUUUUUUGAAGAUAAGUCUAGAACACCUGAUCAGCUUACACUUGAUAUCACUAGGCACUAUGCUUACUGGCAUCCAACUAAAUUGAAUAGUUUGAGUGAACCACAAUGUAGAACCAUAAAACCAACACCACAUUGGCAAUUCUUACUCAUUAACAUUUUCAAAUUGAAUUUUGAUGCUUCUUGGUUAUCUAAGAAUACUAAUGCAGGGUUUGAUUUAUCCUUCGUAACUGGACAGGAACCUUCAAGGAAGCAGAAUCAGGCAUCUUCAGAACUUCCACAGCUGAAGAAGCAGAAGCUCUAA